ACGAACGACGAUCAUCGGGCUCGAAAUGCGCGGGUAGAACAUUUUCGCUGGCGUGAGAGUGUUGAAUUUGCGUCAGUGCGAAGUACAUCUUUGUUAAGCCACGACAGGUGGAACGCGCUCACGGAACUGUAAAUGCGAUUUUGCAUAACUGUUCGGCAGUGGAGUUUAAUUUCUGCUUAAUUGAAAAUUGUUGUGGCUCGAGUGCAGCGCGAUCGUGUCAUGAAAAGGCGAAAGAUAUCGCAUUUUUUCUCUAUCUGUGUCCCGCAUUUCCACUGAUAUUGGACUAUUGAGGAGCCUCUGUGUGGAGCUUAUGUUGCGACCUUAUCAGUGCGCCAAUUCACACUCAAAUUGAUGAUGUGAAUCGAAAUUCUGGACAAGUGUGUGUUCUCCAAUCGUUUCUCCAUUCGGUGAGGCUCCGCAGGUGAAUUACGAGCAGUCACGAUUCGUCUAUUCACAAUUAAUGUGCUGUGUGGAUCAGAAAUUGCUAUUGCAGACAAUAGACAGGCGAAUCAGGCUCAGGCGGAGGAAAAAGUCUGUGCUGCGAGGGUCACAGCCAGGUGCAGCAAAAACUGUUUUGUGAAUUGAGUGCGACAUCCGUUGGAAGAUCUGUUUGGUGGAAAAAGUGUCAUAUCGAAAAUAGUACCUUGAUCGCGAACAUGCCGUUAUUCCACAAGAAGGCCGUGAAACCGGUCCAGUACCACGAGAAUAAUAAUUCAGUGCAUCCACAGCAGGCCCCGACUAAUCAUCUGCCUCAGCCGGCCAAUGGGUCCAAGAGUGAGAUCAAGUCGCAGCCUCCGCUGCCGCCCAGUCCCACCAGUCCGGUGCAGCUCAUGUUCCACUGCCAGUUGGCCCACGGGAGCCCCACGGGCUUCAUAACGGGCUUCUCCAGCGUCAAAGAGCUCUACCAAAAAAUCGCAGAGUACUACGACUUCCCAACCGAUGAGAUUCUCUUCUGCACACUGAAUUCCCACAAAAUCGACAUGUCGAAGCUGCUGGGAGGUCAGAUCGGGCUGGAUGACUUCAUUUUCGCACACCGGAAGGGCCGCCCGAAAGAGAUAGAGAUCGAGAAGUCCGAGGACGCUCUGGGGCUGACAAUCACUGACAAUGGCGCAGGAUAUGCGUUCAUCAAGAGGAUAAGAGAGGGCAGUGUCAUCGAUCGAAUUCCCCACAUCAAAAUUGGGGAUCACAUCGAGCGUCUGGACGGGGUGAAUGUGGUCGGCAAGAGGCACUACGAAGUGGCCAGGAUGCUCAAGGAUAUUAGUACAGGGACGACAUUCACACUGCGACUCGUGGAGCCCAUGACGAGUGGCUUCCAGGGCAUCGGGCCGCGAGCCGGCGGCGGAAAGAUGGGCAAAUCGAAGGGCUAUGGAACUGGGAAGGAGACUCUGAGGUUCAAGUCCAACGGAAGCGCAGCCAUCGAGGAUGAGCGCGAUGAAGCAGCUCAAGCGGGAAUUGAUGCCAUCAACGCACUUCUAGACUCUUUCAUGGGGAUUAAUGAUGCAGAACUUGCCUCACAGAUUUGGGACUUGGGCUGCAACAAAACGAAUUCAAUGGACUUUGCUGAAGCAAUUGAUGCAUCGGACUUGGAGGCAUUUGGAUUUACAGAUGAUUUUAUAAUUGAACUCUGGGGAGCUGUGACGGACGCCAGACAGGGUCGCAUGAAGAAAUUGUAGAGAGAUAAUGUGCUAAAUUUUACUCCUAUUUGUAAUGCAAGAUUUUAGUUCUACACUGCACCGAUUUUUCGGUCGAUGUCUGUAUAUAGCCGGUAUGAGAUGUAAGAGAAAAUGAGGAGAAGUCGUUGCUGAUGUAGAUGCAUUUGAAUUAAUAAACGCCAAAAUGUAUGCAA